CAGUUUGUAGCUUUUUUUUUAUGUUUAUCGACGUGAUCUCGAACCAAUCAAACGUUUACACCUCAUUAAAGUAGGCCAACUCAUGUUUAACAUAAAAACAGCUCAGCACAGUUUAACGGAGAAUUUCUACGGCCUUUCUCUUGUCUUCCCUUUCAGUUACUUCUCUAAUCCUUCUCAAAUCUUCCUCUCAUAAUUUCUACAGAAUGAUUCAUUGUGGUUCCUGAAAGUUGCUUUUUCUCCUGAACUCAUAUCCAAACAUUUUCUUCUGUCUCUCCACCUCCCUUCAUUCUCACCUUCAGUUGAAAGUUUUUGGCUUUUGGUAAUGGAAUGUAAGCCUAAAAACGUUGGAAUAUUUUUUUUUUUUUAAGAUGUGACGGAAAUGUUGAAAGGCAAGGAAAGGGAUGU